AUGGAUAGUCUAUCUUCAGGAGUGGCACAAGCUGUUCAAGUAUAUACAAAAGGCACAAAAGCCUGGUUUGAAGACGAAGACGAGGCUUGGGUGUCAGCCUCCGUGCUAUCAAAAGAAGAAUCAGGCACGGGUGUCAAGAUUGUAUUUCAAGACGAUAAAGAUGAAGGAAGAGAGCAUGUCUUUGAGUGCACCUAUGCUCUACUCGAGAAACAAAAAGGUGCCAAUUUACCGCCACUUCGUAAUCCACCGAGAUUAGAGAACACAGAGGAUUUGACCAACCUCAGUUAUUUAAAUGAACCUUCAGUUUUAAAUACAAUUAGAACACGUUAUUUUCAACGUAAUAUUUACACCUACUCUGGCAUUGUUUUGAUCGCAGCGAAUCCAUUUGCCAGCGUACCAUUGUAUGAACCUGAUAUCAUUCAACAAUACUCAGGCAGAAGACGUGGUGAACUAGAGCCUCACUUGUUUGCCAUUGCAGAAGAUGCUUAUAGAUGCAUGGUCAGAGAGAAAUCAAAUCAAACGGUGGUUGUAUCUGGUGAAAGUGGUGCAGGUAAAACUGUAUCUGCUACUCACAUCAUGCGUUAUUUCGCUACGGCUGAUGAUCAAGAAUCCGGAAAAAUCAAGGAUGUUGCUCAAGGAAUGACAGAAGUAGAAGAACAAAUUAUGGCCACAAAUCCUAUUAUGGAGGCAUUUGGUAAUGCUAAAACAACGAGAAACAACAACAGUUCGAGAUUUGGUAAAUACAUUGAAAUCCAGUUUGAUAAUCGAUGCAAUAUUGUGGGCGCCAAAAUCAGAACCUACCUGUUGGAGAGAUCAAGAUUGAUUUUCCAACCAGAGUCUGAAAGAAAUUACCACAUUUUCUAUCAGCUCUGUACGGGCGCUCCUAUCAAUGAACGCAAAAAUUUGGAAUUGGGCGAUUGGAACAAAUUUCACUAUCUCAACCAAAGUGGCGUUGGAUCUAUUCCUGGUGUAGACGAUGCUGCUGAAUUCGAGCUGACACAAAAAUCCCUGUCUUUGGUUGGUAUCUCUGUGGAAGCACAAUGGCAAAUCUUCAAGCUCUUGGCUGCCUUGCUUCACAUUGGUAACAUUGAAAUUGCCGGGCGACAAGAUGCCACCUUGGCAGAAGAUCAGCCUGCCUUGAUCACUGCUACUAAAUUACUGGGCAUCAAGACAUCUGAAUUCAAGAAAUGGUUGGUCAAGAAGCAAAUCAUCACUCGCAACGAAAAGAUUGUCAAGAACCUGAACCCCACACAAGCAACUGUUGUCAGAGAUUCCGUGGCCAAAUACAUUUACGCUAGUUUGUUUGACUGGUUGGUCAAGGUAGUGAAUGACAGUCUAUCAUGUCAAGAAGAAGGGCUGGUGCGUACCUUUAUUGGUGUGCUGGAUAUCUACGGUUUCGAGCAUUUCAAAAAGAACUCGUUUGAACAGUUUUGUAUCAAUUACGCCAACGAAAAGUUACAGCAACAGUUCAACCAGCAUGUCUUCAAGUUGGAACAAGAAGAAUACGUCAAGGAAAAGAUUGAUUGGAAGUUUAUUGAUUUCAGCGAUAAUCAAAAGUGUAUUGAGGUCAUUGAAUCCAAGUUGGGUAUCUUGUCCUUAUUGGAUGAGGAAUCAAGAAUGCCCUCCGGUACAGAUCAGGGCUUUAUCAACAAGCUGUAUUCCAGUUUUGCGGAUCCCAAGUACAAGGGUUACUUCAAGAAGCCUCGUUUCUCCAACAGCGCCUUUACCGUGGUUCAUUAUGCGCAUGAAGUGGAGUACGAUGCGGAGGGCUUUAUUGACAAGAACAAGGAUACAGUGCCUGAUGAACUCUUGACCUUGCUACAAAAUGCUGAGUCGACCUUUUUGGUGGACAUGCUUCAAACAGCCACUGCUGCUGCUUCUGCUGCCAGUCAAGAAGCCAAGCCUACGCCUGUCAAGAAGGUGGGUAUGGCCAUUGCCAAGAAGCCGACACUUGGUUCUAUCUUUAAGCUCUCAUUGAUCAGUCUGAUGGACACCAUCAGCAAAACCAACGUGCACUACAUUCGUUGUAUCAAACCAAACGAAGCCAAGGUAGCAUGGGGGUUUGAGCCCAACAUGGUCUUGUCGCAGCUGCGUGCUUGUGGUGUGUUGGAAACCAUUCGUAUCAGUUGUGCUGGUUACCCUUCGCGAUGGACAUUUGAGGACUUUGCAGAGAGAUUCUACGCGCUUGUCAACUCACAAUACUGGGAUCCUAAUCUGUCGCCCGACAUCAACAAGCUGUGUCAUGUCAUUCUGGACAAGUACAUCAAGGACGCUGACAAGUACCAGAUCGGUUUAACCAAGAUCUUUUUCCGUGCGGGUCAGUUAGCCUACCUUGAAAAGUGCAGACGUGAGCGUUGGGAUGAAUGCACCAUCUUGUUGCAAAAGAACAUGCGUCGUUUCAUUGUGCGUAUUGGCUACCUUCGUAAACUGGACCUGAUCUCUCGCUUGCAAAGAGUGGCUCGACAAAAGAUGGGUGUCAGAAAGCUGGAAUUGGCGCGUCAAGAAAUCGCUGCCAUCAAGAUUCAAACAGAGUGGCGUCGCUACAUUCAACGCAAACGCUACUUGAAGCAACGUGCCUUUGUCAUCCACUUGCAAGCUGCUUGUCGAUCGCAUCUCACACGCAAGACCUUUGCUCACAUCAGAGAGCAUUUUGCUGCCAUCAAGAUCCAAAGUUUGGUACGUGGAUGGCGUGUGCGAAAGGAGUUUUUGGCCAAGCGUCAAAUCGCCAUCCAAAUUCAAACCUGCAUUCGUCGUCGCUUGGCUCGCAAGGCGCUUUUGGCUCUCAAACAAGAUGCUCGCUCUGCCAACCAUUUCAAGGAAGUCUCUUACAAGUUGGAAAGCAAGGUGGUUGAGCUCACACAAAGUGUCACUCAGUACAAGGAUGAAAAGGAUCAAUUACGCCUCAAGGCAAACGCUCUCGAAAUGCAAGUCAAGGAUUGGAGCGAAAAGUAUGAAAAGUUGGGCGAAAAGGCACGAUCUCUGGAGCAGUCUGCUGAUACCUCUGAACUGGAGCGUCAACUGGAGAGCUUGCAGGUGGAGCGUAACGGUAUCCAAAACGACUAUAGAAACUCCUUGGAACGCAUCAAAAAGCAAGACAUGGAGAUCACUCGUUUAAAUGAAGAACUACAGCGUCAUAAGGACGAAAUUACCAAGCUAAAGCAAGCACACAAUCAGCAACAACUGAGAUCUCCCGUCAGUCCUAGCAGUGCCUCCCCUUUUGCUUCUGCUGGUGAUGAAGAUGUGGCUGAACUCAAGAGCCAAAUUGUUGCUUUGAAAGCACAGUUGUCUCAAUCGCUCAAAAACCAUCCCAAGCGUCAAGCCUCUAUCAAUGCUUACCGUACCUUAUCUCCUCAACGCAGUAGUGACCGACGUGGCAUGUCGCCUGACUAUAACCGUGGCCGUUCGCCCAGUGCUGAUCCUCGUAACCGAUCUCCCAGUUCAUUGGCUGUGCGUCGUAACAGUAUAGGUGAUAGAAGAACCGAACCCCAUAGUAACAACAACUUGACCCACACUGGCAGUGCCGUUGCUGGUGCUGGUGCCGCCAAGAUGAUCUAUGCUGAACCUGAGCAAAUGAUACCCAAACAAAUUGGCCAACGCGGUAGCCUGGAUGCAGACAAGAUUGGCAACCCAGAAGAAGCCAUCAAUGCUUUGUUGCAAGACAGCGAAUUGUUAGAAGAAGAGAUCAUUGAGGGACUGAUUCAAACACUCAAGAUUGUGCCCCCCGAAUUACAGAAACUGCCUGCCCGUGAAGAAGUCGUGUUCCCCGUGCAUAUCAUUGGUAAAGUCGUAACACAAAUGUGGCGUUUGGGAUAUCUGGUGGAAUCCGAGCGCUUGCUGUUUAGAGCCAUGGAUACCAUUCAAAAGGACUGCCUGUCCUUUACGGGUGAAGAUACCAUUGUACCUUGUUCUUACUGGUUAUCCAACACACACGAGUUGUUGUCAUUGGUGUAUUCUGUGGAGCAAGAAUUGGAGAGAGAAAUGCACUACAACUCGAUCCAUGGCCGUCGUGCUGUUGGAUGGCAUGAUUUUGAGAAACUGGUGUCUACCAUGAAGUUUGAACUGCAAUGCUUGGAAGACAACAUUUAUCACCACUGGCUGUCUGAGCUCAAGAAGAAGCUCAACAAGAUGGCGAUUCCUGCUGUCAUUGAGAACCAGUCUUUACCUGGCUUCAUUGCUAGUGACUCGAACCGAUUCUUUGGCAAGAUCUUGUCCAGCAACAACCAGCCAGCCUUUUCCAUGGACGAUCUCCUCAACUACUUGAACAGAAUCUAUCGCACCAUGAAGUCCUACUACGUGGAACCCUAUGUCAUUGAACAGGUGUUGACAGAGCUGCUCAAGUUGAUUGGUAUCACCACAUUCAAUGACCUGGUCAUGAGACGCAAUUUCAAUUCGUGGAAGCGAGCCAUGCAGAUUCAAUACAACAUUACGCGUCUGGAGGAAUGGUGUAAAGCCCAUGAUGUGUCAGAAGCCACAAACCAAUUGGAGCAUUUGAUGCAAGCGACAAAACUGUUGCAGCUCAAGAAGGCUACGCUGGAGGAUAUCAAGAUUAUCUAUGAUGUGUGUUGGUUCCUUGCUCCUACUCAGGUGCAAAAGUUGAUUCAAAACUACUGUGUUGCAGAUUAUGAGGAUCCCAUCAGCAAUGAAAUCUUGAGAGCUGUUGCUUCUCGUGUUAGUAGCAGUGAUACAGGCGAUAUCUUGUUGUUGGAUAAUGUGUCUAUCGAAGACAGUGAUUACGAUCAACCAGAGCCACACAACGUGGUAGCCAGCUCUUAUAUUCCCAGUUAUUUAAACUUGCAACAUGUCCAAAAGCUGAUUGCCUUGGUGACUUUGAAUGAAAAGCAUAGACCUCAACGCAUGGAUUCCAUGUAG